AUGUAUAAAUUAUACGUUAAUCACGCAACGUUGUUCUAACAGAUGAGACUAUUUUAGUGUACAAAAAAGAAACAAAUCAUUCGUAAUCUUAAACUCGUUUGUAAGGACUAACAGAAAUGGAUAUUAUCAAAUAUUUCGGCUGUUUUGUUUGUUUGGCACUGUUCUAUGGUCCAAAUUUCUCGGAAGCACAACACAUGAUGGGAGACCCGUUUUAUCCCCGUAGAGGAGGGUUUCGAAGAGGAAUGUAUCCUAGAAUUCCGCCGAUAAGGCCGUACCCCCGAAGAAUAAUAUAUCCUGAUACAGGCAUUUAUGAACCAUCAAUCCUCCCAGUAGUUCGACGUCCAGCUGUUGUUAGUGACAGAUCCGAUGCUCGCAGACAGAAUAUAAAUAUAAGCAAUAAUAACGAAAAUAUUCGAGAAAACCAUGGUUCUGGUAACGUCAACGUAAAUCAGGUAACAAACUCCAGAACGAGAAGAUGUGACUGUCACGCAGAUCCGUUUAUGCAGCAAUGUGGACCAUAUCAACGAUGUGUUCGAGACAGUACUUGUACCGGAGGAGCAGGUAACGGCGUGUGUCAAGACGCUGGUUUUGGUGGGGGCCAUGGCGGAAUGAUGAUUUAAUUGUACCAUAUCAGAAAGUUGUCAAAUAAAAUUUUAUAUAUUUAAAACAUG